AAUCUCGCGAGAUGGAGCGCACUCCGACGGAGGGCCAGCGCGGAACAGAUUUAAGAAGCCGACAGAGCGUGUGAAGCUCAGAGAAAAAGAGGAUCCGCGGGGAGCUGUUCUGCACGGCGAGAAGCUGCGCAGAACCUAUCGGUAGCAUUUCAUCAGAAUCCCCACCCCGCGUUUCACCGUCCAGCUUCAGAACGCAAAGGACUUCGUCAUUGCGAAUAUGAGUGGAAAUCCUUCGGCCUCUGCUGUGUCUUGCAGCCACGCCUUUCAGAUGAUCACCAUGAGAAAGGAAACAGGCUUAGGGGUGACGAUUGUCGGAGGGAUGAAUCACAACGAAGGGCCCCUGGUGUAUAUCCAGGACAUCAUCCCCGGCGGAGACUGCCACGAGGACGGACGACUAAAGCCUGGUGAUCAGCUCGUAUCCAUAAAUAAGGAGUCUCUGAUUGGUGUUUCAUUUGAAGAAGCCAAACACAUCAUUAUGCGAGCAAAGCUGAGACCAGAAUCCACCUGGGAGAUAGCAUUCAUCCGGCAAAACUGUCCGGACAGGGCCCCUGAGGGCCCACGGCCCGCUCCUCUCUCAGCCUCAUCGCUCAAUCAUGAACAACCCCGGACUUCAGCCCCUUUGAACGUUCUCCCACCUCAGGUGGAGAAUCCAGCUCUAAGUUCUGGGAAUUGCCCGUUUCCUGAUCUUAAGACAGCUCAGGAGGCCGGGUUCAAGACGAGAGAACCAUUUCCAGUUACCUCUUCAAACAACAGUCUUUCAGAUGCAUCUUCGACCGAUCUUAGCCCCGAAUGGCCUGAGGACUGUGAACGCCGAGGAAAGAAGAUUUCCCUAAACCCCUCCGUUCGCUUUCAUGCCAAGAAAUUGGAGACGGCUUUGAAUUACUUGGGGAUCCAGCCCACCGAGGAGCAGCAUCAAGCUCUGAGCCAGCAAGUGCCCUUAGACCCCAAAGGGAUGGUGUCUUUUGGAGAUUUCGUCCAAGUGGCUCGAAACCUGUUCUCUCUGCAUUUGGAUGAAGGAGGUGUGGAACUCAGAGUUGGUGAGAAAAGUGUCCAAGAUCUCUCCAGCCUACUGGAUUCAGAGCUUUCUCCCUAUGACCCUUCAGAAGUGGAUGAUGUAGAAAGGCUUAAAAGCGAAAGGAGUGAUGCUUUGAAGGAAGUGAAGAAACUAAAGGAAGAGCUACUAGAAUCUGAAAAUCAAAGGAAACAGAUGAAUGAAGAACUCCAAAAUGUUAAACAGGAAGCCAAGGCCGCGGUCGAAGAGGCCCGAGCCCUGCGGAGCAGGGUCCACCUGGCAGAAGCCGCCCAGAUGCAGGCCCGUGGGGUGGAAAUGGACUACGAAGAGCUCAUCCGCCUUCUCGAGGCCGAGAUGGCCCAGCUGAAGAUCCAGCUUGCCGAUCGCUCCGACCAAAAUCAAGGAAGCGUCCAAGAUUUAAGAAAAAGGAUCAAGGUGCUGGACUGCCAACUGAGAAAGUCGGAGAUGUCUCGGAGAACCUUGGAAGUAGCCGCUGAAAAGCUGUUGCAGUUUGCAGAGGCUGUCCAUGAGAUAUUUUCAGAUUCUUGUUCCUCUUCAUCAAAUUUAAGUGACAGGAGGGUUUCACUGCCGUCUCAAACGCUGCUUCCGCGCCUUGGGAAGAAGGACCGUGUUACACCGGCAGCGGUGGCCGUGGAAGCCAAAGAACUUGCCGAAUCGGUGCGGGCCAUUCUCGAGGUGGACUGCCUACCAUAUGGAUGGGAGGAAGCUUACACGGCGGAUGGAAUCAAGUACUUCAUCAACCACGUGACCCAGACGACAUCGUGGACGCACCCGGUGGCCGGCACCCUGAGUUGGUCCUGUCCGGAGGAGAGCGGAGACGAGGGCCCGCGGGAGCGCUACUAUCGGGAGAGCUGACGGCCCCGUGACCAACUCCCGGCCUGAGGACCCAUCCGUGCCCCCCGGGCAACCCCUCCUCCUCGCCCUGACAUGACCCGACCCCCCAGGUGUUGGCCCGGUGAUGCCGGCACGAGGCCUGGGGUUCCCCGCGAUGGCGGCCAAAGCCCUUUCUGUGACGAGAGACGCCCCGGCUGCUCCCGGGGCAAGCGGAACCGGGGGCUGCCGGCUGGCACUAUGGGGGCCCAGCGGAGGCCUCGGCCCCCGGCCCCCAAACCCACUUCGGUUGUAAGCAGAGCCUCGUGUU